AAGCUCAGGGCAAGGCUGGCCUUAGCUCAUAAGACCUUUUCAAAUUUUUUUGAGUCAAAAGUUGCAGAAAAAGAGAACACCUAUGAACGUUCUCCAGGUGCUCUCAAGGGCGAGAAGGAGAAGAGCAAGCUGCGCCAGAGUUCCUGGCGCGCAUUUCUGAAAAGCAGGGAUACAGAAGGCCUCAAAAAGCCCUCCCUAGUGGGGCCGCUUCCAGGCCCGGGAGUCCCCGAUCCCCUCGGCCCUCCGCCAUCAGUGACCAACAGCCACUGUGAGGAGUGGGCCGAGGACAAGGACAGCUAUGUUUUUAGGGACCACUGGACACCCCCACGUCCCCCGACCCCUUUGAUGUCCAGCAAUGUGGUCUCUCCAGAACACAGGAGGAAAAGUGAACCAACCAUCAAAUGCACAGUCCCCCAGGAAGGGCACACUGAACCAGGCUGACCAGAAGGAAGAGAGCGGGGAAGGAGGUCAGCGUCACCGAGGCCUGAGCGGGGCACCCUCACUCAGGGACCUUUCUGGGAGUGAGAACCACAUGUCCUGGGAAGAACAACCAGGCGCAAAGCCCCUUUGCUCCUGCGGUCAGAAAGCUUUUCACACUGAGCCAGCUCAGAGGCCAUUCUCCACCACUCAGAUGGUAAUGCGGACCCUUCCCUCUGCCUCUGCAGAGGAUGUCCUCAGAGAGGCUCCUUCACAGACCAGGAGCAUCCCUCAGCAACCACAUAUCAGCUUGGAUGAUCUGUGGCUGGAGAAGAUGCAGAGAAAGAAGCUGGAGAAGCAGGCCCAGGCUGAAGGGAAGACGCGUACUGGGAUAGUGCACAAAGAUCAAGUCAAAUGUUGGAGGAAGACGAUCGCUACCUCUCCAGAAUCUUUGAAUUUCCCUGAAAAAAGCCAUCCACUCUCUCAGAGUGCCCCGACAGGACUGAACCACAUGGGCUGGCCGGAGCACACACCUGACACUGCGAUGCCCAACGGAGCUCUGGACACGGCUAUCCACGCCGACGAGGCUGGUAGUGAGGAGGACCUGUACGAGGACCUACACGGCUCCGGCCACCACUACAGCCACCCUGGAGGGGGUGGCGAGCAGCUGGCCAUCAACGAGCUCAUCAGCGAUGGCAGUGUGGUCUGUGCUGAAGCACUGUGGGACCAUGUCACCAUGGACGACCAGGAACUGGGCUUCAAAGCUGGGGACGUCAUCGAAGUGAUGGACGCCACCAACAGAGAGUGGUGGUGGGGCCGCGUUGCUGAUGGCGAGGGGUGGUUUCCAGCCAGCUUCGUACGGCUGCGGGUGAACCAGGACGAGCCCGCGGACGAUGAGGCCCCGCGAACCGGGGACGGCGGGGCCGAGGACGGCGGGGCGGAGGCGCAGAGCAGCAAGGACCAGAUGCGGACUAACGUCAUCAAGGAAAUCCUCAGCACCGAGCGGGACUACAUCAAGCACCUGCGUGACAUCUGCGAGGGCUACAUCAGGCAGUGCCGCAAGCGCGCAGACAUGUUCAGCGAGGAGCAGCUGCGCACCAUCUUCGGGAACAUCGAGGACAUCUACCGGUGCCAGAAGGCGUUUGUGAAGGCCCUGGAGCAGAGGUUCAACCGGGAGCGCCCGCACCUGAGCGAGCUGGGUGCCUGCUUCCUGGAGCACCAAGCGGACUUCCAGAUCUACUCAGAGUACUGCAACAACCACCCCAAUGCUUGCGUGGAGCUCUCCCGGCUCACUAAGCUCAGCAAGUACGUGUACUUCUUCGAGGCCUGUCGGCUGCUGCAAAAGAUGAUCGACAUCUCUCUGGAUGGCUUCCUGCUGACCCCGGUGCAAAAGAUCUGCAAGUACCCUCUGCAGCUGGCUGAGCUGCUCAAGUACACACCCCCCCAGCACAGGGAUUUCAAGGAUGUUGAAGCUGCCUUGCAUGCCAUGAAGAAUGUGGCCCAGCUCAUCAAUGAACGGAAACGGAGACUUGAAAACAUUGACAAGAUUGCUCAGUGGCAGAGCUCCAUAGAGGACUGGGAGGGGGAAGAUCUCUUGGUCAGGAGCUCGGAACUCAUCUACUCGGGGGAGUUGACUCGAGUUAUACAGCCUCAAGCCAGGAGCCAGCAAAGAAUGUUUUUUCUCUUUGACCACCAGCUCAUCUACUGUAAGAAGGACCUGCUCCGCCGGGACGUGCUGUACUACAAGGGCCGGCUGGAUAUGGACGGUCUGGAGGUGGUGGACCUGGAGGACGGGAAAGACAGAGACCUCCACGUGAGUGUCAAGAAUGCCUUCCGGCUGUGCUGUGGCACCACGGGGGACAGCCACCUGCUGUGCACCAGGAAGCCCGAGCAGAAGCAGCGCUGGCUGAAGGCCUUUGCCAGGGAGAGGGAGCAGGUGCGGCUGGACCAGGAGACAGGCUUCUCCAUCACCGAGCUGCAGAGAAAGCAGGCCAUGCUGAAUGCCAGCAAGCAGACCACAGGGAAGCCCAAAGCCGUCGGCCGGCCCUGCUACCUGACGCGCCAGAAGCACCCAGCACUGCCCUCCAGCCGGCCCCAGCAGCAGUUCUUGGUGCUGGCGGAGCCCAGGCGGAAGCCAUCCACCUUCUGGCACAGCCUCAGUCGGCUGGCACCCUUCCGCAAGUGAGCCAGCACCCACCUGACAGCACUCUACAGACCUGCCCGCCAGCAGUCCCCAGCUUUUCCUCCCUGAGGUUCACUUCUGGCCCUCCUUUGCCUAUUUUGAGCAGAGCUGAGCAAGGGAGUCACUGGGUGCCACCAGGAUGUGUCAGGUCUGUGCUCCUAUUCUUGGUUUCUUCACUUCUGGUACAGUGAGGAGACCAGCAGGAAGAGGCAAGACCCCGCACAUGCAACACCCCCCCGCAGCCUGGGCCCCCCUCCUGGGACCCGGACCCGUGGGGUGCCUCCACUGCCUGUGAACCUGGGAAUCACAGCUCAGAACCACCGACCGGGCUGACAUGCAGAAGGCACUGGCUGCUCUGGACCCUCUUCUUUGGAAAUCCGAUUAUCCCUCCUCCUCCCAUUUUCUCUGGGCAGGAGAGACCAACUUUCUGGCCUUUGGCCACCUGCAAAGACAGGCCAUGUGUCCCUCAGCUCUUCAAUUCUUUUAGGCCCCCACCCACAGCCCAGCCGGUGGUGCCAGGCAGCUUGCAACCUUGGAGGGUAGUAAGCAGGAAUUCUGGGCUCAAAUGUCUGGCCCAGGGCCUGCCUUUCUGCCUCCCAGCCCCUCUAGACACUGCUAGCUACUGGGCACCCUCCUCACUUGUGAUGUAUGUGUUUGUAGUGGAAAGAACAAAACCGUACAGUCAGCUGUGUACUUUGAUCCAGGUUUGUGCCCAGUCCAUCCGUCACUGUGGAGUGACUCCAGAACUACCUGGUUGCUGUUUUUCGGUUUGGAUUUUGUUCUUGUUUUUCUAACAAUGGAGAAAAAUAAUUGUUAGUGACACAGAAAGAUUGCCUUACCCUAGUGAGCGUGAGAAGCCAUAAAGAGUGAAUUUUGUGGCCCAGUGUCCACAAACCCAGGCGACGGGCACAUGGAGGGAGUCCCCUCCCACUGAGGAGGGGCACCAGGAGUGCAGUCAGGGCCUGGCAUGUGGGUGCAGUGCCUACGGGAUUCAGGAGCAUGGACAGUCACUCUUGCACUAUACCUUCUUCAAGCCAGAAACCACAUUUAAUUUGAUAAAGAAACUUGUGAAAAGUAA